CCUCACACCCAAAUGAACGCCACACCACAUAUCCCUCACCACCACUCUCACUGUGCGGCUCUAAGUAAGAACCAGUUCAGUGCCACUUCUCAAUUAACUACGAUUCUUUUAUUAAUACUGAAAUUCUGUAGAACUUUGUGCCACAAAAAAUGGGAUGCGCUUCCUCCAAGCGUAUCGAAGCCAACGUUGAUGUGUACCGCCCGGCGCCGACGAGCUUCGCGGUGUUUGACAUCAACGCCAUCGAAGAACCAUGGCUGAAGUUCAACACCUCCGAGCUCGAGCAGGAGCGACAAGACAAAGCCCCCAACCCCAACUUGCCUCCACCUAUUCUGCAGAAGCUCAAGAAGCUCGAGACCACCGAGGCUCCUCAGUCAUGGGCAGAGCUCAGCAAAGCACUCGACGACCUCAAGCCCAGCCUCGCCUCCGCAGCCGCAGCCGCCAAACCCGUCGCCAAACCUCCUCCCUCUAUAACGCCACAGAAAAGCACGCCGUUCCACACGUUGGAAGAGUUGGACGCCAAACUAAACCCUAAGCCCGAUAAAGACCUGCAAAAGACGGAGUCCAUGCGGGAUGAACCGAAAAACAAACCAGAGGAAAAGAAAGAGGAGAGGACGAAACAGGAAGUUGGAGAAGGUUUCAAAUCCGUGAAAGACAACAUAUUCAUAGUAAGAGACAGAAUGGAGAGAGAGAAAGAAGGGAAGCAGGCGAACUACGAGAGGAUAGCAAAGCUGAGGAGGGACCCGCUGAGCGAAUUCCAGGAGAAGUGCCCGCCGGGAGGGAAGGAAGGGGUAGUGAUAUACACGACGUCGUUAGGAGGAGUGAGGAAGACGUUCGAGGACUGUAUCAGGGUGAGAGAGAUAUUAGAAGGACACAGGGUGGUGUACGACGAGAGGGACGUGUCGUUGCACGGAGAGUUCCUGAAGGAGAUGAAGGAGAUGGUGGGGGAGGGACUGAGGGUGCCGAGAGUGUUCGUGAAAGGGAGGUACGUGGGCGGGGCAGAGGAGGUGGUGGAGCUGAACGAGUCGGGUCGACUGGGUCGGAUCCUGAACGCGACACGUGUCGAGAGAGGAAUAGGGAGACAAGCGUGCGAGGGAUGUGGUGGGGCCAGGUUCGUGCCAUGCUGGGAAUGUGGUGGAAGCUGUAAGCUGAUAGACGCGACGGGGUCUGGCGGAGACGUGAAACGUAGGUGCCCUCACUGUAACGAGAACGGCUUGAUUCACUGUCCCGCUUGUAUUUCACUCUGAUUUUAAUUUCUUUCGUAUAUACCAUGAUCCAAAAAUUAAUUAAUUAUUAGUGCUGGGUUUCUGCUCUUGCUAGCAAGUAGCUUAAUUUGGGGAUUUUAUACGUUCGUGUGUUGGACAGUUGAUUAUCUUGUAGCCUCUCUAUUCUGUACUUUGAUGAUGUAUUGGUGCCGGAGCUUAAUCCUAGUACAAAGUAAUUCCAUAA